CGAAAAGAUAAAAUCUUUAAAGAAGAGAUGGGUGUCAUCAUUGUGCUUGCAAAACGUUUUGAUGCUCUAAUUGGGCCUGGAGUUAUGCUUCUCUAUCCUUUGUAUGCAUCGUUACGAGCAAUAGAGAGUCCAACAAUGUUAGAUGAUCAACAAUGGCUUACAUAUUGGAUCAUUUACUCCUUAAUUACAAUAUUCGAGCUAUCCGUUUGGAGAAUCCUUGUCUGGUUACCAUUUUGGCCAUACUUAAAGCUUUUGUUCUGUAUGUGGUUAGUGUUACCAAUGUUCAGUGGUGCAGCUUACAUCUACUCCAAUUAUGUGAGAAAAUACGUUAAGAUUGGAAUGAAUGUUGGAGGAGGAACGAAUUAUACAGAUGAGCAGAGAAGAGUUUUACAGAUGAUGAGUCUUGAUGCUAGAAAAUCGGUUCAAGAUUAUGUUGACCGGUUUGGAUGGGACUCCGUUGAGAAAGCAAUCAAAGCGGCUGAAAGAGAAACAAAGAAGCAUUGAGAUGGAAGAUUAUGGAUCAAGAAACAUUGCUCCUUGCUUUCUUGUUUUAUAAAGUAUUUGUAUAUUUGUGUAUAGAUUGUGUAGACAAUACUUCAAUGAAAAAAAAAAUUAUAUUCAUU